AUGGGCUCCUGCACCUCGCAGCGUCAGCUUGCCGACGGGCACCGUUUUCAAGACAUCGAAGAUCUCGACCUCCUCUUCGGCUCCAAGCCGUCCACGAGCUCGCCCUCUGUUGUCCCUGCUGUGCCGAGGGGCGGCGUGGAGGCGAGGUCCGCCGACGCGUCCUGGGUGAAGAGACUUCGGCAAGAGCGGGUGCGUCCCCUCUAUCGCUCUGGCGAGCUGAAGGCCGUGCACCUGGAGCUCACCACCCGCUGCAACGCUGCAUGCCCGCAGUGCCCGCGGAACCUCCAGGGAGGGGUGGAGAACCCAGUGCUAGCCGCGCACCACUCGGAGCUUUCGCUCGAGGACGUCCGGGCCAUCUUACCACCAGGCUUCCUCCGGCAGCUGCGGAAGGUAUAUCUCUGCGGCAACUUCGGUGACCCGGCGGUGGCCCAGGACUGUGCAGAGGUGAUCCGCUAUCUGCUGAGCGUGGGCGGCUCGCGUGUCGGGCUCUUCACGAAUGGAGGUGCACGUUCACCGGUCUGGUGGGAGGAGCUUGGGAGCAUCAUGCAGCCGCCCGAAAGGGCUUUCGUGCGCUUUGCCAUUGACGGGGAUGAGUCGACGAACCACCUCUACCGCCAGCACGUGAGGUGGGAGCGCCUGAUGGCAAACGUCGACGCAUUUCUGGCGGCCGGGGGCAAUGCGGAAUGGGACUUCAUCGUCUUCGAGCACAACGAGCACCAGGUUGAGGCCAUGCGCUCUUUGGCGGAGCAGAAGGGCUUCACCAAGUUCAAUGCCAAGAAGACGGCCCGGUUUAUUGACAAGGCCCGUGGAGCCGUGAAACCCUCCGUGCCCGUGAAAGACACGUCGGGCUCGGUGGUGCGGACACUGCGGCCGCCGGCGAACCCGGCCUGGCAGAACGAGGCAGCGUUGGAGAGCGUGCAGAAGGCGGUGGAGAAGUAUGGGAGCAUCGAGGCUUACUACGACAGCUGCGAGAUCUCCUGCAAAGUGGCCAAGGAGAAGGAGGUGUACAUCUCGGCGGACGGCCUGGCCUUCCCGUGCUGCUGGCUGGCGGCUGAGAUGUACCGUGCCGACCUGCCAAACAGCGGCCGGGAGGUGGUGCGCCUGGCCAAGGCAGCAUUCCCUCAGGAGGGCCUCCAUGCCCUUAGUGCCCUGCGGCGUGGUGUUGGGGCUGCUGUUGACCGCAGGGCGGGCCUCUUCCAGCAGCUGGUCCCCGCCGCCAUGCGGCAGCCCUCGCUGAGGGAGGGGCGGCUGCGGACGUGUUCGGGCGUGUGUGGUGUGGAGGUGAACGCCUUCGCCAAGCAGUUCGCCGGGGCCACGCAGCCCUUGGACCCGGUGCGCCGGAGCCGCGCAGCCUCCGCUGCCACGGUCGCUCCGGCGCCCGUGGAGGGGUCGCCGGUGGAGGUGUGGUAUGGCAGCGAGACGGGCACCGCGGAGCAGCUCGCGCUGCGUGCGGCGGAGGCACUGGGCUCCGAAGCGGCGGUGUCGGUGCCACCGCCGUGGGAUCAGGUCGAGGCGCGUCUACAUGGCUGCCGGGCCCUGGUACUGGUGCUCGCCACCUGGGGCCAAGGGGAGCCCACGGAGGACGCCCAGGGCCUCUUCCGCUUCCUGCGGGAGAGGCGGGGAAAGGCGAAGAGGGUCUUCCCGCCGCUGCCCGUGGCGAUCUUCGGCUUGGGGAGCUCCCUGUGGCCGCACUUCAACGCCGCUGCGAGGGAAGCCGAGGAGCUGAUCCGGUCCUUGGGGGCUCCGAUCCUGAUCCGGCUCGGCGAGGGGGAUGCGGCAAAGGGCCACCUGGACUCCGACUUCGACGCCUGGCUGCAGGAGCUGCUGGUGGCCCUCAAAAAGCUGGGCCUCGAUUCCAGCGGAGGCCCGCCACGGGUGCGCCGCAGCACAGACUCCGUUUCGAUUCUGCCGAUGACGGUGGUGCGCGUCACGCGGCUGGCGCCCAGGGAUCCGGUGGCCAGGGAAGCAGCAAUGGCGAUGACCAUCGACUGUGGCAAGCUGGUUUCGAAGUUCAAUUCGCCUCCGGCCGCCAUGAGUUUGAAAGUGGACGGGAUCGUGAGGGCCGAACUUCAGGAGGAGCUGGCCACACCGAACCGGUUGGCAGGUGGCGAGAUGGAUGGAGUCCUAGCUUACGCCUUGAAGAUGUUCCUGAAGGUGGAGGAAGCUCGCAUUGAUCCUGGGAUGAACGUAGGCAGUGACAUCAUGAAGGUGCCAGUGCCGGAGCUCGGGCAGAUGCUACCUCCACCCCAGCCGCAUUCCGUGCAGCGACCGCCCAAGGAUCCUCGUUUCCGUCCCAUCCCCCUCGCCGAUAGGGCCAACAUCGUCUUUUCGAAAGGAUCGGUGGGCCACCCCUUUAGCUGUGCAGCUGCCUGUAGGUAUGUGAAGCGCAAGGGCGGCUGCCGACGCGGAGCCGACUGCAACCUCUGCCAUGAAUGCUUCUGGUCGAAGGACAGCGAGAUGUGGGAGCAGCCCCAAGCCCAAGAAGAGAAAGUCGCGCAAGCCGGGCCCGUCUUCAUCCCCAGCCAGGAGGAUGUGACAGACGAGUUCGCAGGACUUCUCUCCGAGGUGUGCAUGUUGCAGCCCCUGCCCCAGCAGGAGUCCUAUCCUGCCUCUGCUUUCCUUGGCUCCAUGGACUCCGCCGUGGGCAUGGAAGGUUUUGCAGGGGUGGAGAUGCCGGCGAUGAACCCCGGCUCACUGGGCCAUCCUCACAGUUGUGGACCCGCCUGCAAGUAUGCGCAGAAAUCGCGAGGCUGCAAGGAUGGAGACAUGUGCAGACGCCUUUGUGCGGAGGUCGUUUUCCCUUUUGACCGGCUGGUCCUGACAUCUGGAAGGUGUCAAGCGAGCCACCGAAGGGAGAAGGACGAUUUUCCGCAUCACCCGGCGCUUUGCUACACUGCCGCGGAGCCACUCCAUGUCCAUGAGGAAGACCGGGACGGCGACGGCCUUCCUGUGCUUUUUGCAGCUGCGUGGGCCCAGACACCUCAGCCUCAAGAGGCUGAAGGUUCCAGAAUUCUACCAGACACAUGUCAGGAGAGCCGAACGGAGCAGCAAGGUACUAGUUCGAACGUGCACAUUGCUACCGCGUCCACUGAUGUCCUGGCUGCCCUUUUGUCCGAAGACAGCAUUCCCGAGCUGAGCGGCAAGCUUGAGCUGCGAUAUCCACCUCCGCCUGAGAGAGUCCGGUGCGAUCUUGAGGAACUCUCCGCGGACUUUUGUGAGGGGUGCGGGCGAGAGGUGCUUCGCCUCUUGGUGCGCGAGGUCUCUGGGGGUGUCUGCUCCCCGUAUCUCUGCGGCCUGCGGCCCGGAGCCGUUGUGGAGUGCCUGGCGCCCCGGCGACGUUCGCCGCUCCGAGCCGCCUGGGAGGCCCGAGAGGCCUCUCGGCUGCUCCUCGUGGCGAACGGCGCCGGCCUGGCGCCCUUCCUGGCCCUCUUGGAGCAGCUCUCCGUUUCGGACUCCCGGCCGCUCUACCUUUGGCUGGGCUGCAGAAGGCGCUCCGGCGGCCUGCUCUACGAGGAGCGACUCGAAGCCCUGGAAGCCCAGGGCGCGUUGCAAAGGCUUUCCGUGGCAGAGUCCCGGCCCCUGGCGGCCGGGGAAGCUCAGAAGCCAUGGGUCCAGGACCUGCUGAAGGCGGAGUCCGAGCAAGUCGGCCAGCUCCUGUUCGGAUCGCCUACACAGCCUGGCACCGGGUUGAUGCUGGUCUGCGGAUCGGCUGCCAUGGGCUGCGCUGU